AGCCCCAGCGAUCCAGUUGGUGACUCCAGUUGGUGACGGCCUCCCGAGUCUCUGAGGGUCCCUCCGGUGCGUCUAGGAGCAGCUGCAUUGAGCGCUGCGUCCUGUUGGAGCCGGGUGCCUCAGUUGCGCCUGCAAUUGCUGGCCUGAGUCCGUGGACCACUGUCCUCUGCAUCUGCGCCCUGGGGAGGACAGAGCAGCUCCAGCGUGUGUGGCCCCACGCUGUGUAUCGGGUCCUUGAAGUAAAGCCAAGAUGCCGGUAGUUCCUGAGCUGGGAGAAGCGUUCACAGCAGCCAGUAUUCCCUAUUUCCUGAGAUGAGGGUGGACACUGCCCUACCCAGCACCUCUACAGCAUCUUCAUCCUGCACCUUCCGUACAGAAGAACCUCAGAGCGCGCCUCCUCCGAGGAAAGUCGGAAACUCCCAGCAAGAGAAUACAGGUUUGCUGUUAAAAGGCGACCUUAUCGGACCAGAGUAGCAUACAGAACACAGGCACAAAACACAAUGUUUUCUGACGUCAGAUGAUGACAGAUGCCGGGGGAAACGGGCUUUUCACCAGCUAGGAAGAGCUUUGCUCAGAGAGCACUCUGAAAGGAAACACUCACCAGCCUUAAGCAGAAGGAGACGGGAAACAUCUGUGGUUUUCAAGGACAACCGCUUCAGAAGUAGGGACCAUGGAGACCCAGGAGACGAGGUGGGUCCGCGUGACCGUGCUCCGCGGCUGCGUGGGCUGCAGGACCGUGGCGGUGCCGGCGACAGCAACCGCGCGGGACCUCAAGGAGCGCAUCUUCGCCGAGACCGGCUUCCCGGUGGCAGAGCAGCGGCUGUGGCGCGGAGACCGGGAGUUACCUGACUGGAUCAAGAUUGGAGAUCUGACUCCCAAAACCUGUCAUCUUUUUGUGAACCUUCAAUCAAAAGGCUUAAAAGGGGGAGGUCGAUUUGGUCAAACAACUCCUCCACUUGUUGAUUUUCUCAAGGAUAUUUUAAGAAGAUACCCAGAAGGAGGACAGAUCCUUAAGGAAUUAAUUCAGAAUGCAGAAGAUGCUGGAGCCACAGAGGUUAAAUUUUUAUAUGAUGAAACACAAUAUGGAACGGAGACUCUUUGGUCAAAAGAUAUGGCACAAUAUCAGGGGUCGGCUCUCUAUGUGUACAACAAUGCGGUUUUCACCCCAGAGGACUGGCAUGGUAUUCAAGAAAUAGCAAGAAGCAGGAAAAAAGAUGAUCCUUUGAAGGUUGGAAGAUUUGGAAUUGGGUUUAAUUCUGUCUACCAUAUAACAGAUGUUCCUUGUAUCUUUAGUGGUGACCAGAUAGGAAUGCUAGAUCCUCAUCAGACACUUUUUGGCCCCCAUGAAUCAGGCCAAUGUUGGAAUCUCAAGGAUGACAGCAAAGAAAUGAAUGAGCUUCCGGAUCAAUUUGCACCCUUCAUUGGCGUUUUUGGAAGCACCAAGGAAACAUUUGCAAAUGGCAGCUUUCCAGGGACAUUUUUCCGCUUCCCUCUUCGCUUACAACCUUCUCAGCUUAGCAGCAAUCUCUACACUAAGCAGAAGGUUCUGGAGUUGUUUGACUCUUUCAGGGCAGAUGCAGACACAGUGCUGCUCUUCCUGAAGAGUGUACAGUCUGUAUCUUUACAUGUCCGAGAGGCCGAUGGGACAGAAAAACUGGUAUUUAGAGUGACUGCUAGUGAGAAUAAGACCCUGAAACAUGAACGACCGAAUUCUAUCAAGAUUCUGGGAACGGCCAUAAGCAACUAUUGUAAAAAGAUCCCAAGCAACAGUAUCACCUGUGUAACAUAUCAUAUAAACAUAGUUCUGGAGGACGAGAGCACAAAGGAUGCCCAGAAGACGUCUUGGUUGGUGUGUAACAGUGUGGGUGGGCGAGGCAUUAGUAGUAAACUGGAUUCUUUGGCUGAUGAAUUGAAAUUUGUCCCAAUCAUUGGACUAGCCAUGCCUUUAUCAGGCAAGGAUGAUGAAGAAAAUGGAGCAAUAUCUGAUUUCUCAGGAAAAGCAUUUUGUUUUCUUCCUUUACCUCCUGGUGAGGAAAGCAGAACAGGGCUUCCAGUUCAUGUCAGUGGCUUCUUUGGCCUAACUGACAACCGCAGGAGCAUAAAAUGGAGAGAGUUGGACCAAUGGAGAGACCCUGCAGCCUUGUGGAAUGAAUUUCUUAUUGUGAAUGUUGUUCCCAAAGCUUAUGCUACUCUGAUCCUAGACUCAAUAAAACGCCUGGAGACAGAAAAGAGCUCCGAUUUCCCCUUGUCAGUGGAUGCCAUCUACAAACUUUGGCCUGAGGCCGGCAAAGUCAAGGCACACUGGCAGCCAGUGUUGGGGCCUCUGUUUAGUGAGCUAUUCCAGCAUGCGGUGAUCUAUUCCAUUAGUGGUGAGUGGGUAAAGCUGGAGCAGGUGUACUUCUCAGAACUUGAUGGAAGUCUAGAAUACACACAGUCUGUGCUCAACUACCUCCAGAGCUCAGGGAAGCAGAUUGCCAAGGUACCAGGGAACCUGGCUGCCGCUGUUCAGCUCAGUGCAGCCUCCGCCACCUCCACUGCGACUCCUGUGAGGAAGGUAACACCUACAUGGGUGCGGCAGGUGCUGAGGAAGUGUGCACACCUGGGCAGUACUGAAGAAAAGCUUCAUCUUCUAGAAUUCGUGCUUUCUGACCACGCCUACAGUGAGCUGCUUGGGCUCGAGCUGCUGCCUUUACAAAGUGGGGCUUUUGUCCCCUUCUCCUCAUCUGUCUCCGAUCAGGAUGUUGUUUACAUCACCUCAGAAGAGUUCCCAAGGUCCCUUUUCCCAGGUCUUGAAGCAAGACUUAUUUUGGAGAACUUGAAGCCUCACCUUCUAGCUGCUUUAAAAGAAGCUGCCCAGACCCGAGCACAGCAGCUUCUCUGGGGAUACUCAGGAAGACCGUGUACUCAGCUGCAGCUUCUAAAUCCAGAACGAUUUGCACGUCUUGUUAAGGAAGUAAUGAAUACAUUCUGGCCUGGCAGAGAGUUGGUGGUUCAGUGGUAUCCAUUUAGUGAAGACAAGCACCACCCGUCCAUUUCAUGGCUUAAAAUGGUUUGGAAGAAUCUCUACAUACAUUUUGCAGAGGAUUUGACUUUAUUUGAUGAGAUGCCACUUAUCCCCAGAACUACACUGGAUGAAGAUCAGACGUGUGUGGAACUCAUUAGACUCAGGAUCCCAUCAGUAGUCAUUUUAGAUGACGAAACUGGAGCUCAGCUUCCAGAAUUCUUAGCAGAUAUUGUACAGAAACUUGGGGGUAUUGUCCUAAAAAGGUUAGAUACCUCUAUUCAGCAUCCUCUUGUUAAAAAAUACAUCCAUUCGCCACUACCGAGUGCCAUUUUGCAGAUAAUGGAGAAGAUACCACUGCAGAAGUUAUGUAACCAAGUAGCAUCAUUACUUCCAACCCACAAAGAUGCUCUAAGAAAGUUUUUGGCCAGCUUGACUGAUACCAGUGAAAAAGAGAAAAGAAUAAUUCAAGAAUUGACAAUAUUCAAAAGAAUUAAUCACUCAUCUGAUCAAGGGAUUUCGUCUUACACUAAAUUAAAAGGAUGUAAAGUUUUGGAUCAUACUGCCAAACUUCCAGCAGAUCUGCGACUGUCUCUUUCUGUCAUAGAUAGUAGUGAUGAAGCUACCAUUCGUUUGGCAAACAUGUUGAAAAUUGAAAAGUUAAAAACUACAAGCUGUUUAAAGUUUGUUUUAAAAGAUAUUGAAAAUGCAUUUUAUACCCAGGAAGAAGUAACACAUCUUAUGCUGUGGAUCCUUGAGAAUCUAUCCUCUCUUAAAAAUGAGAAUCCGAAUGUGCUUGAUUGGUUGAUGCCACUAAAAUUUAUUCAUAUGCCACAGGAGCGUAUGGUAGCAGCCAGUGAACUCUUUGAUCCUGAUAUAGAAGUACUAAAGGAUCUCUUUUGUAAUGAAGAAGAAGCCUGUUUCCCACCUGCAAUUUUUACCUCACCAGAUAUCCUUCACUCUUUGAGACAGAUUGGCUUAAAAAAUGAAGCCAGCCUGAAAGAGAAAGAUGUUGUGCAAGUGGCAAAAAAAAUUGAAGCAUUACAGGUCAGUUCUUGUCAGAAUCAGGAUGUGCUCCUAAAGAAAGCCAAAACCCUCUUACUAGUCUUGAAUAAAAACCAUACACUCUUACAGUCUUCUGAAGGGAAGAUGACACUGAAGAAAAUAAAAUGGGUUCCAGCCUACAAGGAAAGGCCUCCAAAUUAUCCAGGUUCCUUAGUCUGGAAAGGGGACCUCUGUAAUCUUUGUGCACCUCCAGAUAUGUGUGAUGCAGCACAUGCAGUUCUAGUGGGCUCCUCACUUCCUCUUGUUGAAAGUGUCCAUGUAAACUUGGAGAAGGCUCUAGGCAUCUUCACAAAGCCUAGCAUCAGUGCUGUCUUAAAACACUUUAAAAUUGUUGUUGACUGGUAUACAUCAAAAACUUUCAGUGAUGAAGAUUACUAUCAGUUCCAACAUAUUUUGCUUGAAAUUUAUGGGUUCAUGCAUGAUCAUCUGAAUGAAGGGAAGGAUUCUUUUAAAGCCUUGAAAUUUCCAUGGGUUUGGACUGGCAAAAACUUUUGCCCUCUUGUUCAGGCUGUGAUAAAACCAAUCCAUGAUCUGGAUCUUCAGCCGUAUUUAUAUAAUGUGCCUAAAACCAUGGCAAAAUUCCACCAGCUGUUUAAGGCCUGUGGCUCAAUAGAAGAGUUGACAUCAGAUCAUAUUUCCAUGGUCAUUCAGAAGGUUUAUCUAGCAAGUGACCAAGAGUUGAGUGAACAAGAAAGUAAACAAAACCUUCAUCUUAUGUUGAAUAUUAUGCGAUGGCUGUAUAGCAACCAGAUUCCAGCAAGCCCUAAUACACCAGUUCCCAUCUAUCAUAGCAAAAAUCCUUCCAAACUCGUCAUGAAGCCAAUUCAUGAAUGCUGUUAUUGUGACAUCAAAGUUGAUGACCUCAAUGACUUACUUGAAGAUUCAGUGGAACCAAUCAUUUUGGUACAUGAAGACAUACCCAUGAAAACUGCGGAGUGGCUAAAAGUUCCCUGCCUUAGUACAAGACUGAUCAACCCUGAAAACAUGGGGUUUGAGCAGUCAGGACAAAGAGAGCCUCUUACUGUAAGGAUUAAAAAUAUUUUGGAAGAAUACCCUUCUGUGUCAGAUAUUUUUAAAGAGCUGCUUCAAAAUGCCGAUGAUGCAAAUGCUACAGAAUGUAGUUUCCUGGUUGAUAUGAGAAGAAAUAUGGACAUCAGAGAGAAUCUCCUAGACCCAGGGAUGGCAGCUUGCCAUGGACCUGCUUUGUGGUCUUUCAACAAUUCUGAAUUCUCAGAUUCAGAUUUUAUAAACAUAACCAGAUUAGGAGAAUCUUUAAAAAGGGGAGAAGUUGACAAAGUUGGAAAAUUUGGUCUUGGAUUUAAUUCAGUGUACCACAUCACUGACAUCCCCAUCAUUAUGAGCCGAGAAUUUAUGAUUAUGUUUGAUCCAAACAUAAAUCAUAUCAGUAAACACAUAAAAGAUAGAUCUAAUCCUGGAAUCAAAAUUAAUUGGAGUAAACAGCAGAAAAGACUUAGGAAAUUUCCAAAUCAGUUCAAACCAUUUAUAGAUGUAUUUGGCUGUCAGUUACCUUUGGCUGUAGAGGCCCCUUACAGCUACAAUGGAACUCUUUUCCGGCUGUCCUUUAGAACACAACAGGAAGCAAAAGUGAGUGAAGUUAGCAGUACCUGUUAUAACACUGCAGAUAUUUACUCCCUAGUGGAUGAAUUUAGCCUUUGCGGGCACAGACUUAUCAUUUUCACCCAGAGUGUAAACUCAAUGUACCUGAAAUACUUGAAGAUAGAAGAAACAAACCCUAGCCUAGCGCAAGACACAAUAAUAAUUAAGAAAAAAGCCUGUUCCUCCAAAGCAUUGAGUGCACCAGCUUUGAGUGUUUUAAAAGAAGCUGCUAAACUCAUGAAGACUUGUAGCAGCAGCAACAAAAAACUUCCCACUGAUGUGCCAAAAUCAUCUUGCAUUCUUCAGAUCACAGUUGAAGAAUUCCACCAUGUGUUUAGGAGGAUUGCUGACUUACAGUCACCACUGUUUAGAGGUCCAGAUGAUGACCCAGCUACUCUCUUUGAAAUGGCUAAAUCUGGCCAAUCAAAAAAGCCAUCAGAUGAGUUGCCACAAAAGACGGUAGAUUGCACUACAUGGCUUAUAUGCACCUGCAUGGAUACAGGAGAGGCUCUGAAGUUCUCCUUGAAUGAAAGUGGAAAAAGACUAGGGCUGGUUCCUUGUGGGGCAGUAGGUGUUCUUUUGCAUGAAACCCAGGAGCAGAAGUGGUCUGUGAAACCACACAUAGGAGAGGUGUUUUGCUAUUUACCUCUACGAAUAAAAACAGGGUUGCCAAUUCACAUCAAUGGGUGCUUUGCUGUUACUUCAAAUAGGAAAGAAAUCUGGAAGACGGAUACAAAAGGGCGAUGGAAUACCACAUUCAUGAGGCAUGUCAUUGUGAAAGCUUACUUACAAGCACUCGGUGUCUUACGGGACCUAGCCACUGGUGGUUUCCUGAUUCAUGGAGAUAACUUAUGGAAAUCUCAGAGUGCUGGUUCCUACUAUAAGAUAUUGUUUCUAAAACUGCUUACCAACAUGACAUUUAUCAAAAGAACAUUGGCAUUAUGUUUUGUGUACAUAUUUCCCAAAAAUGUCAUAAUUUGUAUAGUGUGACUGAACAGGAUGCAAUCUUUUGUUGUCUAAAGGUGCUGCAGUGAAAAAACCUUUUUCAAUAUGGCACUUAGUGGGAAUUUUAAAAUUUUUACUUUAAGUACAUUAAAAUUGCUGAAAUAAUCUUUAAGGUGAUAUGCAGUAGUUUACAAAGGGAAUUAUCAGUGUGUACUGUCCCCCAUGAAUGACUGGGAAUUGACAUUUAAUUUUCAUGAUGUUCAAAAGUCCUAACAUACAUAUUUAACAUAUUCUUUUGCAUAAUGUCAAAGAAAGGAAAUAAUAGCUUAUAUAAGUGCACUGGCUGUAAAUGAUGCUAAAUAUAUUUUAUGCAAUUAAGGGCUUACAUACAGAACAUGUUCAAUUUUUUUUAACUUCAUUUGUAAUAAGGAAUGUUAAUUGCUUCUGGAUGUGAAUCAUGAAUAUUUUCUGCUGUUAAUAUUAAAUGCCAUAAUUUUAUUAAAGAAAAAUGUAUAUAGUAAAUCAUUUUGCUUUGUUAUUUUCUAAAUUUUUGUUUUGAGAUUUUAUUUUUAUUUUAUGUAUAUGGGUGUUUUGCAUAUUUCUGUGUACCACCUGCAUGCAGCACCCUCAGAGUUCAGAAGAGGGCAUCAGAUCCUCUGGGACAGGAUUUAAAAAUAAUGGUGAGUCACCAUGUGGGUGCUGGGAACUGAACCUGGCUCUUCUGAUAGAGCACUCAGUGCUCUUGACUGCUGAGAAUCUCUGCAGCUUCAGGUGAUUUCUUGAGAAAUAGUUUGAUGGAAAUCAGGCUUAGUGUUUCCUACAUUUUGAGUUUUAGUAUACAUUGGUAUGUGUUUAUUGUCCUGAAUGUUUCAUGCUGAGAUGUUAGGGUUCCUUGUGGUUUACUCACAGGAAGUACAUAUUAUAUGUAGCCUUAUUAGGUGUUCACUGAUUUAGUUAAGAGCUCCCUUCACCUCUGUAGGGAACAGAAUUAGUUGAUUCAUCUGUUGAGGUGGGUUUGAAUGUAACUGCACCAUACCUAGCAUGUCUUGACAUUCCCUGUCUCUGGACAGCACUGUGUUUGGGGCUGGUUCACAUCUAACUUAGGGAAAUGGUUUGUCCCUCAGGCACCAGACUUCUGAAGGUAAGUGAUAGAGGGUUAAACAUUCUAUUGUGAUGCUACCCAAUGUUGCUUUCCUUAUCAAAUGUAUGCUGUUUGAUGCUUAGAUUCAGCACUUAGAAUUAUCAUCACUAAAACUAUACAGAAAACUCUGUCUGGCCUUUAGGAUAGUUGAUCUAGUUGAAAACAAACCAAACAACUCAGAUUCACAACCCGUUACAUGAAGUAUCGGGUCCAGUUGCAUUUCAUCUUUUCUUCAGUGAGUUAAUCUGAGAGCAUGUUAGAUUGUUUGUUUAAUUUUUAGAUUUAUUUUUAUUUUAUUUUACUAUUUAUGUGCAUGGGUAUUUUACUUGCAUACAUGUUGUGCACCACAUAUGGAGGCUAGAAGGAUCAGAUCCGUUGGAACUGGAGUUAAAAAAAAAUGUGGUAUGGAGCCACCAUGUGGGUGCUGGGAAUUGAACUGGUGUCCUCCAGAAGAGCAGCCAUGUCUCUUAACUGCUGAGCCAUCUCUCUAGGUCUGUGAGAUCGUGUCUGCUUUUAAUGAAACAUCUUCAUGGGGUUUGACAACACCCUGCAAUCUUCUGCAGUGAGCCUGUGAAUAUCUACCCUAGCUUAACUAUGAAAUCUUCAUAAAUAGCCUUGCAGAAUUGAGAUCAGGUUUCAACACUAACUUAGCAGCAGCAAGUGUAUUUGAAAAGUAUUCUCCUUGCCCCCUCUGCCAGAUAAUUUUAGAGUUUGAAAUUGAGAAUAAAGAAUUUUUGCCCUGAAUAAAUGUGUAUAUUUUACUGUCUUAAGCUU